AUGCUCAAACUCUCUGCUCUCCUCCUUCUAGCAGUUUCUGCCCAUGCCGUAGUCCUGCCCAACCAUCGUGAGGCUCCAGUGCUUACCGGACAAGCUCUUAUCGAUUAUGUGAACUCUGCUCAAAAACUAUGGACCGCCGGACAUCAAGUAAUCCCAAAGGAGAAGAUCACAAAGAAGCUGAUGGAUGUCAAGUACUUGGUUCCCCACAAAGAUGAGGACAUCGUCGCCACCGAGGUCUUCGAUGCCAUUCCGGAUCAUUUCGAUGCUCGUGAUCAAUGGCCAUCGUGUGUUUCAAUCAAUAAUAUCAGAGAUCAAUCGGAUUGUGGAUCUUGCUGGGCAUUCGCUGCUGCUGAAGCCAUUUCUGAUCGUACUUGCAUUGCUUCCAAUGGAGCUGUUAACACUCUUCUCUCCUCUCAAGAUCUUUUGUCUUGCUGUACUGGACUUUUGAGCUGUGGAAAUGGAUGCGAAGGAGGAUACCCAAUCCAAGCAUGGAAAUGGUGGGUCAAGCACGGACUCGUCACCGGAGGAUCCUACGAGUCUCAAUUCGGAUGCAAGCCAUACUCGAUUGCCCCAUGCGGACAGACCGUCAACGGAGUCACUUGGCCAAAGUGCCCAGAUGAUACUGAGCCAACUCCAAAGUGUGUCGAGGCUUGCACAUCCAACAACACCUACCCAACUCCAUAUCUUCAGGAUAAGCAUUUCGGAGCCACUGCCUACGCCGUUGGAAAGAAGGUCGAGCAAAUCCAAACCGAAAUUCUCAAGAACGGACCAGUCGAGGUCGCAUUCACAGUUUACGAGGACUUCUACCAAUACACAACUGGAGUCUACGUCCACACCUCUGGAGCAUCCCUCGGAGGACACGCUGUCAAGAUUCUCGGAUGGGGAGUGGAUAAUGGAACACCAUAUUGGCUCGUUGCCAACUCAUGGAACGUCAACUGGGGAGAGAAGGGAUAUUUCCGUAUCAUCCGUGGAUUGAAUGAGUGUGGAAUCGAGCACUCCGCUGUUGCUGGAAUUCCAGACUUGACUCGUCACAAUUAA